AGCCCUGGCGGGGUGGGGGAGGGACGGGGGAGGCGCCGAGGGGAAUGAAUAAUUGAAGUAGAGGGGAGGAGGAAGAAGAGGAGAGGAGGAAGAGGAGGAGGCGGGAGCCUCCCGCACAGGGUCCUUCCCACUCCGCACCCCACCCCCUCCGCCGCCCGGAAGUCGCUCCCCGCCUCCUGCUCCGCCAACAUGGCCGCGAAGUCGGAUGGAGCGGCGGCCGCGGCCGGCCCGGGGCCGGAGGGGGCGGCCGGAGGAGCCCGGAGUGGUGCGGGCGGGCGCGGGGAGGCGGCAGCGGCGGCGGCCGAGGGCCCCGGAGUGACCGGGGCUGGGGGCUCGGGGCCGCGCUACGAGCUGCGGGACUGCUGCUGGGUGCUGUGCGCGCUGCUCGUGUUCUUCUCCGACGGCGCCACGGACCUGUGGCUGGCGGCCUCCUACUACCUGCAGGGUCAGCGCACCUACUUCGGCCUCACGUUGCUAUUCGUGCUCCUGCCCUCGCUGGUUGUGCAGCUGCUCAGCUUCCGCUGGUUCGUCUACGACUACUCGGAGCCUGAGGGCGCCCCGGGACCCGCCGUCAGCACCAAGGACAGCGGCACCGGCGGGCCUUCCAUCAGCACCAAGGACAGCGCCACCGCCUCCCGGACCAAAGAAGGCAGCCCCCAGCUGGGUCCCGGGCCCGAGCCCUCCUCGGCCAGCGCCUACCGCCGCCGCUGCUGCCGCCUCUGCGUCUGGCUGCUGCAGACCCUCGUCCACCUCCUGCAGCUCGGCCAGGUCUGGAGGUACCUGCGCGCCUUGUACCUGGGGCUGCAGAGCCGCUGGCGCGGGGAGCGGCUGCGGCGCCACUUCUACUGGCGGAUGCUGUUCGAGAGCGCGGACGUGAGCAUGCUGCGCCUGCUGGAGACCUUCCUGCGCAGCGCGCCGCAGCUCGUGCUGCAGCUCAGCCUUCUGGUGCAGCGCGGCAGCGAGCCCGACCUGCUGCCGGCCCUGUCCACCUCUGCCUCGCUCGUGUCCCUGGCCUGGACGCUGGCCUCCUACCAGAAGGUGCUGCGGGACUCACGGGACGACAAGCGGCCACUGUCCUACAAGGGCGCCGUGGCCCAGGUGCUGUGGCACCUGUUCACCAUUGCAGCUCGCAGUCUGGCCUUCGCGCUCUUUGCCAGCGUCUACAAGCUCUACUUUGGCAUCUUCAUCGUGGCCCACUGGUGCGUCAUGACCUUCUGGGUCAUCCAGGGCGAGACAGACUUCUGCAUGUCUAAGUGGGAGGAGAUCAUCUACAACAUGGUGGUGGGCAUCAUCUACAUCUUCUGCUGGUUCAACGUCAAGGAGGGCCGCAGCCGCCGCCGCAUGGCCCUCUACUACUGCAUCGUCCUGCUUGAGAACGCCGCGCUCACUGGCUUCUGGUACUCCAGCCGCAACUUCUCCACCGACUUCCGCUCGCUCAUCCUGGUCUGUGUGGUGGCCUCCAGCUUCGCGCUGGGCAUCUUCUUCAUGUGUGUCUACUACUGCCUCCUGCACCCCAACGGGCCCAUGCUGGGUCCCCAGGCGCCUGGCUGCAUCUGCCCGGAGUCCCCAGGGCCCUGUGGCCCACCAGCCGACGCCGUCACAAGUCCCCCAAGAUCCCUGCCAAGGACUACAGGCGCUGAGAGGGAUGGGGCCUCAGUGGGGGGCGAGCGUGCAGGGACCCCCACGCCACCCGUCUUCCAGGUGCGGCCUGGCUUGCCUCCCACACCAGUGGCUCGCCCUUUGCGGACAGAAGGGCCGGUCAUUCGGAUUGACCUGCCCCGGAAGAAGUACCCUGCCUGGGAUGCUCAUUUUAUCGACCGCCGGCUCCGGAAGACCAUUCUGGCGCUGGAGUACGCCUCUCCUGCCACGCCUCGGUUGCAGUACCGGAGCGUGGGGAUCUCCCAGGAGCUGCUGGAGUACGAGACCACGGUGUAGGCCACAGUCUCCCCCACAAAGAGGGACAGGCUUGGCUGACCCCACACCAACCACAGUGUUGAGCCCGGAAUUUCAGGGCCACCCAGCUAAAGGGGUGUGGAUCUGUUGGUCCAAGGGUAGAGUGGCCCACCAUUGGGUUCUUUCAGGGGAGGGGACAGCCCUGUGGAGGCCCCAGCCCUAGGCCCUGUUUUCAGCCCUGUGGCCCAUUUCCUAAACUCCCCUGAACUAGGGCCCAGGGAAUCAACUGGUGCUACACUCCUCAUUAGCUGCCCCAUUUUCAUGAAGGCCUCCAUAUGUGUCUGGUGCCGGGGCACCCCACCCUCUCCCCUGCCUGGAGUCACCCACAUGUUGCUCCUGGUGGACCUGCCAGAGACAGGGCACUGGCUGGGGUCCAUGACCUAGGCCCUGUGUUCCUCAGGGGGUGUGGGGGGUGGGCUGCCUCUCUGGGGAGAGAUCUCCGAGAAGGAUGGAGGAGGCAGUGGAAGAUGUGAGGGGAGGUGGGAGCAUCUGGUCGACAAGGUUGGUACAGUUCCUGUGGGGUCCGAGGUCCGGAGCCUGGGCAAGAGGGGAAUUAAAGGAGGGAGUUGGGGUGGGGUGGGGAGUUGGGGUGGGGGCUGACAGUGCUUGCAGCUGGAGAGGAGGAAGAACCCUGAGGCAACUGAGGGGUGUAGGCCAGCGGGAGCACGAAGGGAUAGCAGGUUUGGGGGAGGGGAACCCUCAAUCCACCACAUAGAGGAUGUUCCCAAAGUGAACUUGUCAGGAGACACCCUUUGUUGUGGGCUCUAUUAUGGAUGAGGUUCCAGACACCUCAGGUGAAAUGUUUCCAGGAGCCAUUCUUUGUUCUAGAUGAGUAUCUAGAACAUUUCUUCUAGAUAAAGGUCUUGCAUACAACAGAUAAAAUGUCUAGGAAGAUACGCUGGCUCCGUUAUACAUGAGGUUCUAGCACAUUUAGCAGAGAAACCGUUCCAGAGAGACAUUCUUAAUUCUGGAUUAAGUUUUAGAACACUUAGCUGAUAAAAAUGUGCUAG